AUGCUGCAGAAAUCUAUCGAGUACACGUGGCUGCACCCAUGGUUGGGAACAGGCCUUCUGACAAGCACGGGCGCCAAGUGGAAGACGCGCAGGCGAAUGCUGACGCCCGCAUUCCACUUCCGCAUCCUGGAAGACUUCCUGCCCGUCAUGAACGAACACUCGGUGGUGUUCAAGGAUUUGCUCAAGCAGCACGUGGGAAGACCCGACGGUGUGGACGUCGUGCCCUCGGUUGCACGUUGCACCUUGGACGUCAUAUGCGAAACCGCCAUGGGCACAUGUGUCAACGCCCAGCAGUGUUCCGACUCAAAGUACGUCCGGGCUGUGUUGAGGCUGGGUGAGCUUUGGUUCUCACGCGCCACAAAGCCCUGGACUUGGAAUGACUUCACCUACAGAUUCACGGCCGAUUCUGUGGAGUUUGAUAAUUGCGUGAAUACUGUGCACACGUUCACGAGAAAGGUCAUCAAGGACCGGAAGAAAAUGCUCCUGGAGCUCCAGGCAGCGUCCGAGCAGAUCGAUGGGGCAGGCGAGGACGAGUACCUGAACCUUAGUGGUUGUAGAAGGGCCUUCCUGGAUCUGCUGCUAUCGCAGCAUUUCAAGGACCCGUCGUUCACAGAGGAGGACAUACGAGAGGAAGUCGACACAUUUACGUUUGAGGGUCACGAUACGACAGCUGUGGGAAUCAGCUGGACCCUGUACCUGUUGGGUCUGCAUCAGGACGUGCAACAGAAGGUGUACGAGGAGCUGGAGGAUAUAUUUGGCGAUGACAGAGACCGAGACGCCACCAUGGAAGACAUCAGGCGAAUGAAGUAUCUGGAAUGCGCCAUCAAGGAGGCACAAAGGCUGUUUCCAUCAGUGCCACUCGUUGGGCGUCUUCUACAAGAAGACUGGACGUACGAUGGCUACAUUAUACCGAAAGGAACAGUGUGCACAGUCUUCAUCUACGUCCUGCACCGUGACCCUAGGGAAUUCCCGAAACCGGAGGAGUACAUACCGGAGCGAUUCCUACCGGAAAACUGCGUCGGCAGGCAUCCGUUCGCCUACGUGCCUUUUUCUGCCGGCUACAGGAAUUGCAUCGGCCAGAAAUUCGCUUCGAUGGAGAUGAAGACACUUGUGUCCCGCGUGCUGAGGAACUACAAGCUGGAAUCGAUGUACCACAGGGAUAAGGUGCAAGCUGUGGCAGAGCUUGUGCUUCGCGCUCGCAACGGUCUGCGGAUACGCCUCAUUCCACGAGAGUAG